AAGCAGAUUUUCGAAGGUCCCGUGUCUCCAGUUUUGCAUCGGGAGUGGACUAUGUGAGCAGGAGUAGCAGUAGUGGAGGAACAGAUUUAGAAACCUUCCCUGUGUCUGGUUUUGCUUCUGAGGUUUACUCUACCACUGUUUCUGAAGGGUCGCCACCAGUGUUGUCCAAUGUCACAGAACAUGCUGUUAAUAAAGGCUUGUAAUUAUUCAGCAAGGCUGAGCUUGUAGCAGCGACCAACAAUUUCUCACUUAACAACAAGAUUGGUGCUGGAAGGCUUGGUGUUGUGUACAUAGGCAAACUCGUUGAUGGUCGUGAGGUUGCAAUCAAGAGGGUUGAAACCUGGCAAAAGAAAAAGAUCUCAUCAAUUAAAUCUGCAUUGACCUUCUUGUCCCGUUUACACCACAAGCACUUGGUUGGGUUGGUUGGAUUCUGUGAAGAGAAAUACGAGAGGCUGUUGGUGUAUGAGUACAUGAAGAAUGGUACCUUGUAUGAUCAUUUGCAUGAAAAUGGUAGCAAUGCGUUGAAUCGGUGGAAAAUGAGGAUCACUAUUGCUUUGGAUGCUUCCCGAGGAAUAGAAUAUCUUCAUAAGUAUGCAGCUCCACUAUUUCUUCACGGGCACGUCAAGUCUUCCAACAUUCUUCUUGAUGCCACUUGGCUGGCAAGAGUGUCUGAUUUUAAAUUGUGUUUGAUGAGUCCAGAAGCUGAGCGUGAUUACCGACGAAUAAAGGUAGGAGGAACAGUUGGAUACAUUGAUCCUGAGUACUAUGAUCUAAAUACGUUGACAGCAAAGAGUGAUGUGUAUGGGCUGGGAGUUGUAUUGCUAGAGCUUUUAACAGGAAAGAAAGCUAUAUUCCUUGAUGGGGAAGAUGAAGUUACCUUAAGUGUGCACCGUUUGGUGGACUUUGCCGUGCCUGCCAUUUUGGAUCCUAGGGUUGGACCACCGGGUGUGAAUGAGAUAGAGGCAUUGGAGUUGGUGGCCCAAACAGCCCUCCAUUGCGUGAAUCGGAAAGGUAAAGAUAGACCAUCCAUGGCUGAUUUGUGAUCAGUUUGGAGAGAGCAUUGGCGAUCUGUUACGGUAGUUCUUAUCAUAUCAUUUAUGGGGGAUUGGAUUUUGAAAAUAUAGUUUGGAAAUAUAAAGGGAUAUGUUAGGGAUUUAUAAUUUUAUUUUAUAUGUGUAUUUUAUUUUAUUUUAUCCAACCUUUGCCCCGUCUAAACCAUAAUCACUUGGCUGGGCUAGUUGGGUUCUGUAAAGAGAAAGAUGAAAGGUUAUUGGUGUAUGAAAAGAUGAAGAAUGGGGCGUUAUUGGACAAGGUGAGCAGUGUAUUGAAUUAUUGGAGAAGGAGAAUCAAGAUUGAUUUGGAUGCAUUCAGGGGAAUAGAACUAAUCCCUAAUAAUUAAUCAAAACUAGAUGACUAUCAAUACUCUUUAACAAUCAGAUAAAAUGAAAAAAAAAAGAUAUAAUUAUUUCUUCCUUGUAAGUUUUGAAUUAACACCCAAAUUAUGAUAGAAUUGUCAUCAUAAAUUAUUUAA